AUGGAGGCUGUUCCUCUAAUGCCGAUGAUCUCUCUGGAGCUCAAAACAAGCCCAGAAUCGACAGACUUUUCAGCAGCACUUAAAAAGUACGUAAAGGAGUACUACCAUGAAGAUCCGGAAUCGUACAACAAAGAAAUAAAGGAGCUGGAACAGCUGAGACAGAACGCGAUUAAGGCAAGCAAGGAUUUCAUGGGAUGCAGUGUCCUCAAGAGAUACUUUGCACAGCUGCAUCUGCUGCAGAGUCGAUUUCCGAUGAGCGAGGGCGGAGCGGCGGCUGUGAAUUUUACCUGGGCAGACGUGUACACAAACACGUGGGGCACGUACGCAGACGUGAAAUUCGAAAUGUCGGCGAUCAUGUACAACAUAGGUGCUCUGCACUCCGUCCUCGGCACCAUGGAUAAUCGACAGACUGCCGAGGUAUGCGAGUUUUCUUCGGUUGACGAUGGAACAAGAGGGAGUUUGCCUAACACUGACAUGACGCGCGACGUUCUAAAUGUAUAUGUUAACAUCAUGCUGGCUCAGGCGCAGGAAUGCAUCCUGGAGAAGUCCAUGGUCGAUCACAGGAAGAGCACAAUCAUUGCCAAGGUUGCCUCUCAGGUAGUGGAGUACUAUAGGCAAGCGAUUAAAUACUUAGAUCCGCAGGGCAAAGUGCAACUGUACGUUGGAAACAAGCAGUGCAAAGAGUGGCAGAAGAAGCUGAGGCUGAAGAUACCGUACUACGAGUGCGUGUCCCUGCUCUACAUGGGCAACCAGUCCGAGGAGCAGCAGAAGUGGGGGGAGGGCGUCGCCUACUUCCAAGCCUCCGUCGACAAGCUCAACGAAGCCAUCAAGCUGUCAUCGAGUGGAGAUGGGGCGCUCGUGCAGGAAGCGCUGCGCUUCACGAUGGACGUCGUCGGUGGCAAGUUCAAUUCUGCUAAGAAGGACAAUGACUUCAUCUACCAUGAGAAGGUUCCGGAAUUCGAGAUGCUGGAGGAGGUGAAGGGCGCCUCGCUCGUCAAGGGCAUCCCGUUCAACUUCAACGACAAAGACGUCUCCGGCGACGACAUCUUUGCAAGACUCAUUCCCAUGGAAACGCACGAGGCAUCUUCCUUGUACAGUGAAGAGAAGGCCAAGGUGCUGAGAGAAGCAGACACUGGUCUGACGUUUCUAUCGUCGCUGCAGACGGACCAGCUUUUUGACGUGGAGCACGAUCGUCUGCCACAGCCUCUCCUGGAGAGAUGCGCUGCGCUCAGCGUCAGGCCCACCGCCGUGAAGGACCUCACGACGGCCAUGAAAGAGCUGUCUGAUAUUAGUUUGGAUGUGACCGAAGAUUUAAAUAAAGUUCACGAACUCAUGGAGUCAGAGGAACAAAGUGAAAAAAGCUUUCAAGAGCAGCUGGGACGUCGCGACGCAUCGCUCAUCGUAGCUGAGCUAGCUAAGGAGUACGGCCACCUGAAGGAGGCUAACGCACGCGCGGAUACGUCCGACCGUGAACUACAUAAGGUGAUGAUGGUGCACGUCAACAACCUGAGACUGCUGGCCAGUCAACCGGAGGAGAUCAAGCAAGCUCUGCCCUUGCUGGAACUAACCGACGAGGACAGAGAAGCAUCUAGUGAGAUCUGGAGACUCCUGGGGAAGGUAGAGGAGAUGAAAGAGCAGCGGGACAAGUUCGAACACGAGCUGAGAGAGCAGGUGCAGAAUGACGACAUAACGAAGGCCCUCGUCACGAUGAAGGAUGCAGACAGCCUGGAGCUACUCUCCAGGGUCAGUGGUGCAUAUAAGGUGCAGGAGGAGGAGAGACAGCAGAUCAUCAAUCGCGAGAAUGCUAAGAAAGCUAAAG